AUGUCGACAUUCAGCGGGUCAGCUGUCGGCAGCUGGAGUGGAAGAGGUGCGCGUGCUGCUGCAGAAGUGGCGGGCCAGGGGCCAGGGGGGAGGGCGCAGCGCCAGCCCGUGCCGCCCUUCGCCUCCAGAUCAGAGACACCUCCCGCGGGAAAUGCGGAGCCACGCAGCGCCGGGCGGGGAAGGUCGGCCGAGCCACCGCUGCCGCGCCCUCCUGCGUCUGUACAGGCGAAGGAAGUGGACGCCGCAGUGAAGGAGCCAGUACGGGUUGCGAGGGAACGCCUGAAGCCGACACCGGUGCAGAAACUCGACCCGCUCGUCGGCAUUGCGCCGGGACGCGGCGCCACGUGUGGCAGGCUGCGGCGACCCGGCAGCGCGCUGCCAGAGGUGCCGACCGCCGUGGCUGGUGGCCAGCCAGGCGGAGAGGAGCCAGCCAGCCAGGCUGCGGGACCGGCGUACGAGCUGCGGCCUCCUCCUCCUCCUCCUCCUCCUCUCUUCCCAGCUGAAUCCAGUGUGACAGAGUGCAACCUCCAGGCGGAUCUUCCACAAUAA